AUGCCGAAUGAAGCUACGACGAGGAUGUUGAAUGAAACUGCUCCAAGUAAUACUUUCAAAGCUACUUUAAAUAUUGAACCUUUUCGACCUUCAAUGAAUUGGCUGAAUUGGAUUAGAAGAUUAAAAGGUGAUUUCAAACUUUUUCAAGUUAAAGACGUGGAUUACGCUCCGGGAUUAUUACAUUAUAUUGGACAUGAAGCAUUUGAUGUCAUUUGUGACAAAUGCUCGCCUGACGAUUCGUACAACAAAUCAUUUGAGGAAAUAAUACAAAUACUACAAGAAUUUUACGCACCGAAACCGUUAGAAAUUGCCGAGAAUUAUCGUUUUCAUCAGCGUAACCAAAUGGAGGGAGAAUCAUUACAAGAUUACGUUGUGGCGAUUCAGAAAUUAGCGAUAAACUGUAAUUUUGGAGAAUAUUUGAAAACUGCGUUAAGAAAUAAGUUCGUUUUCGGUCUAAAAAGUAAUAGAAUUCGCUGCAGACUAUUGGAGAUGGACAAAUUAACAUUUGACGAUGCAGUGAAAAUAGCCCAUGCGAUGGAAAUGUCAGAAAAAGAUGCAAAUAAAGAAAUACUAAAUACAUCAAUGAACUAUGUUACACUUAGAGAAAAGAAGAAAGGUGGUACGAAAAAUACGUCUAGAACUUCUUCUAUACUAGAGGAGAGUACGAAGACAAAAAAAUUACAAUCCAUUCAACCGAAGUUUACGUCGCGAAAUUCUAAUUCCAAUAUUAAAUAUUACAGGUGUGGAGGAAACCAUCUAGCUUCAAAUUGUCAAUUACCUAAGAAUACAAAGUGCAGAUUUUGUGGGACCCUUGGUCACAUCCAAAAAGUUUGUUUUAAGCGAAUAAAUAAUAGUAACGAAAUUGGUGCAGUACCAACUCACCAGGUGGAAGCAGAGGAGGAAAUAAAUCAAUUAGACCAUACUCACUUUAGAGAUAAGUACACAAUUUCUUUAAAUAUUAGUGGGAAAUGGAUUAAAUUUGAAAUUGAUUCAGGUAGUGCUGUCACAGUUAUGUCAAAAUUACAAUUCAAAAAAAUGUUUCCAAAUACGACCAUUAAUAGUACCGUUACAAAAUUAUUUACUUUCUGUAAUACUGAAGUAACGACUGAGGGAUACGCAAAUGUUAUUGUCAACCACAAAAAUCAACAAUAUAAUUUAAAUAUCUAUCUUACUGAUACAAAUAAAAUGCCUUUACUUGGUCGAGAGUGGAUUAGACAAUUACAAUUGUUAAAAUUAGACACCUUACAUACAAUUGACGUUCAUAAGGAAGAAAUAGAUUCCCGAGUACAAUUUUUGUUAGAAAAAUACAAUUCAAUUACAGAGACAAAAUUAGCAAAAAUUACAGGGAUACAAGCAAGGUUAACAUUAAAAUCUAAUACGGUUCCAGUUUAUAUUAAAGCUCGUCCAAUUCCAUUUAAACUUAAACAGUUAGUAGAAAAUGAAAUAGAUAAGUUAGUUGAGGAAGGGGUUUUGAUUAAAGUUAAUACAUCAGAUUGGGCUACACCCAUCGUUCCGAUUUUAAAAAGUAAUAAUACCGUUAGAAUUUGUGGGGACUUUAAAGUUACAUUAAAUCCACAUUUGAUAGUAGAUGAUCAUCCAUUACCUACAACCGAUGAAUUAUUUGCUACUAUGGCAGGGGGUAAAAAAUUCACAAAAAUUGACUUAAAACAAGCUUAUUUACAAUUAGAACUUAGACCGGAAGACCAACAUUUACUUACAAUUAACACACACAAAGGACUAUUUCAAUGUACAAGAUUAUUGUUUGGUAUUGCCAGUGCCCCAGCUAUUUGGCAAAGGGAGAUGGAAAAUAUCCUAAAUGGCAUACCGGGAGUUUCAGUUUUCCUUGAUGAUAUUAGAAUUACUGGUCCUGACGAUUUGAUCCAUAUACAAAGAUUAGAAGAAGUAUUAAAAAGACUUCAUAAAUAUAAUAUAAAAAUUAACACCGAUAAAUGUGAAUUUUUUAAAAAAGAAAUAAAUUAUUGUGGAUAUAAGAUCGAUGAAAAGGGAAUACACAAAUGUAAAAAUAAAAUUGAUGCUAUCGAUAAAAUGCCCAGACCUGCAAAUAAAAGUGAAUUGCGUUCUUUUAUUGGAAUGAUUAAUUAUUAUGGAAAAUUUAUAAAAAACCUAAGUACGAUUUUAUACCCUUUAAAUCAAUUAUUACGAGAAAAUGUUUCAUUCACGUGGUCAAAAGAAUGUGAAGAAGCAUAUUUAUUAGCAAAGGAAGAAUUUAAAUCCGACACAAUUUUAGCACAUUACGAUUCUAAUUUACCACUUACAGUGGCUACAGAUGCAAGUUCAUAUGGUGUAGGAGCUGUACUUUCACAAAUACAGCCAGAUGGUUCAGAAAGAGUUAUACAGUACGCAUCUCAAACACUAAACGAUACACAAAAAAAAUAUUCACAAAUCGAUAAAGAAGCUUACGAGAAAUUUUUGCAACAUUUGGAAUACCCCAAGUUUUUUAACAAUAUUAUUCAUAAAAGAAUAGCGCCGUUCAAUCCUGCAACUAACGGACAAGUAGAAAGAUUUGUACAAAGUCUGAAGAAAAGUCUAGUUAGUUUAAAUAUAGAUUCCCAAAAUACAGAUGAGCUAGACGAUAAUCGUACCUGGAAACGUCACAUUAAUCAAAUUAUUAAAUUGCCUUUAAAUGAUAAUCAAAAAGUCCAUUUCGACACAGUGUUCUCGAGAAACAAUGUACCGCCAAGUAACCAAGUUGAUAACUACAAUUCACCUAUGCUUACACCUGGUAUACCUGAUGGAAGAACGUUACCAAGGUUUCCAAAUUCAAAUAAUCAUAAUGUUCCGAAUGAAACUAGACAGGUUUCUGAAGUAACCAAUGUUACAUUUAGCCAAGAUAUUGUAACCAGUCCGGAACCAACGCCGGUAGUUAGUCAACCCAGCAUUCCACAAAUAGUCGCAGAAACGAGGCCCAAAAGAUGGAAUAGAGGUUGCUUACCAAGAAGAUUAUUAGAUUUCGAAGUAGGAAAGUAG